AAUGUCUCACCCCCCCCCAAAACUCGACCGCUUCAUCGUCAUCAUCACCAACAUCAGUCGAUGAUGGUGUCAUUGACCAAUAGGCUGAUCCUACCCUCUCUUGCUAGGAUCCCAGAAUCUCUACCUACUUAAUACACGAGUCUAAGAGUCGUUCCUCGCGAUUCCGAGCCCUCCGUCGUGCAAUUAGUUCCCACGCCAUCUGGCACUAUGCAAGCCCCGGUUCUACCAGGGUCUAGACAUACGGUCAACGUGCAUGGUGCAACGGCCCAGUCAACGUGCCAACCGUAUGAUCAGAUCCCUGGUUCCCCUCAGUAUAGUCCUGUCAGCGACUCAAUCAACCCCUCCGAUCCUCUCGUCACCUCCUCCCCCUGCCUUGCUUUGAUCCUGGAACCUCAAUUCAAUUGAGGACCUCCCUGUCACGCGGUGCGGUGCGUAGGACUCCGCUUCCUCGAGCUCUCGCAUCUCGCAUCCUUCUUAAGUCGGGGUGCACGGCUCUCAACUGUCAUCGGCUUCCCAGUCCCAAUUCUUCUCAGCGACCUUUCAAAUACCGAACCUUUCACGCUUCGACCCUCAUAAUGGCUGAAAGUCGCCGC